AGUGUACAGUUUGGUGUGGAUUUGAUUUAAUGGCUCUGAUACACGCAAGCAUGGAAUACAAAAACGAAGGCCACAGCGGCGUCAAUCAGCUGGGAGGUAUAUUCGUUGGCGGUAGACCUCUGCCUGAUUCCACACGCCAACGCAUCGUGGAGCUGGCCCAUGCCGGUGCCCGACCAUGUGAUAUUUCGCGCAUCCUUCAGGUGUCUAAUGGAUGCGUCAGCAAAAUUCUCGGCCGGUACUAUGAAACCGGUAGCAUCCGGCCGCGGGCAAUCGGUGGAUCGAAGCCGCGCGUGGCAACGCCGGAAGUGGUGAACAAGAUUUCACAAUUCAAAAACAACUGCCCGAACAUUUUCGCCUGGGAGAUCCGGGACAAGCUACUGAACGAACGUAUCUGUACGCCGGAGAACAUACCCAGCGUUUCCUCCAUCAAUCGGGUACUGCGCAAUCUGGCCGCCCAGAAAGAGUUCAGCAAGAAGCCGCACGCAUCGGACACACUCGGCGACGAGGUCGGUAGCUAUCUUCAGGGGAAAUCGCUCAAUGAUGCAUCCUUCCUGCACUACAAGUACGGUGAUAGUUGCCGCUCCAUGCAGGGUGCGGAGUCCGUGCUGCGCAUCAACGAUACGUACAGCCGAGCUGGCGGUGGUGGUGUUGGUGGUGGCGGUGGUGGUGGUGGAGGAGGCGGUGGCGGCGGUACGGACCCGACCGAUGUCAAACCGAUCGCGGACGACGGGAAGAACCCAUUCGCUAAACACUGCUUUACCAACCUAGAUGCGGGAGUGCCCGGUACGGGGGCGGGCACGGGGACAGGGCCGGGCGGGCAGGGCACGAAGCAGGUCUUCGUCGAUAAUGAUACCGAGCGGUUAAGCUUGAAGCGAAAAUUGCAACGCAACCGUACGUCCUUCACCGUCGAUCAGAUCGAAUUUCUUGAGAAGGAGUUUGAGCGGACGCACUAUCCGGAUGUGUUUUCCCGUGAACGAUUGUCUUCCAAAACCAACCUGCCGGAAGCGAGAAUACAGGUUUGGUUCUCUAACCGACGGGCCAAAUGGCGCCGGGAGGAAAAACAACGGUCCCAGGCGGUGUCCGAGGGCAGUUCGUCGGCAGCGGCCGCAGCGGCGGCAGCAGCAGCAGCAGCCGCGGCCGUCGCCGUACAGAACGCAUCCAUCUCUUCCUGCUCCCUGAACCUUAGCGCACCGCUCGUUUCGCACGUGUACGACUCGAACAUGUGCGUGGAAGAUUCGAACAGCAACUACCUGAGCAAAACGUACCCGCUGGAACCGUCGUUCCAGAAUUUGGACGCACUGAAGUCACCACCUGCUCCGAACCAUUCGGCCGCACCGCAACAGAUCUCACCGGCCGCCAUGUCCUUCAAGCUGUCCUUUCCGAACGCCAACCCGAAUGCCGGUGGUGCUGGUGCGGUCGGUCCGAAUGGUGGCGGGGGUGGUGGUGGUGGUGGUGGCGCUGGUUCGGCCGGGCCGGACGGUUCGACCGCGAACCUGAUGGGUACGGUACCCACCCUCGGCAGCAAUGCCGGAUUCCCGCACGCAUCUACCUCAGACGACAAGUCGCUGUACAACCAUUUCGCCUACUCGGCCGCCGCCAACAUGCAUCACAGCUAUUCGGCCGCAGCGGCGGCCGCCGUCGAUCAGUCCUACAACGGGAUGUACCUGAAGAACCAGCUGUACAACCUGCCGACCAAUGCCGGCGUCCUCAGCUUCCAGUCCACGCUCGAGUGGAACAAAAGUUAAUGGCACGGGGCCGCCCUCGAGUCGGCUCCAUCAUCGACCGGUGGCGACCGGUACCAGUAGCGCUACACUUAGGCUACUACUCUUAGCCUGAUUUCAUGACAUACACCAUAACAAAAAACGAGAAAGCGAAAACAGUAGAGCAAACAUGUAAUACAAUUUAACUCGAUGGUGCAUAACGUGGGGAAUGGGUUUGAAUAUAAUAUGACGGUUGGUUGUGUGUCACCUGAUUAAGAAAUGAUAAAAAGAGAUAAUGAGCAAAAGAGAGAGAGGGCGAGUGAUAAAGAGAGAAAAGGCAAAGUUAUGUUACUAAACAAGAAAUGAAUAUAUCAUUGCAAACGAUGCAUUACUGCAUACGAAAUGGCAAACAACGGUAAUCGACACACGUUGCAAACCUAGCGGGAACGGAAAGGAAAGAUGAAAGGAUGGUUGUUGUCUCAUGUUUGACAUAUAAGCUAUUUUUUAUAAAAAUAAACAAACAAACAAAACCUGUGACCAUUUAAAAAAGGUGAACGGAACAGCAAAAUGGAGGAACGGGAAGCAACAGAAAACAAAACAAUAGAAACGCCAAUAAAGUAUUAAAAUGGUCGACGAAAGAGGGAGAGAGAGAGAAAAUAAGAAAUGAACGUAUUAAAACAAAGCACAACAAAAAAUUGAAGAAAAAACCUAUUCAAUACUUUAAAAAAACGGAAUGUACAAUAAAUAGUGAAAUCUUAUUAUUAUUCCUGACGCAAGGCGUCCAAUUGUA